AUGGACUCUAGCCUGCUGACCUCCAUCCCCCUGGGGCGCACCAAGCCCUGGUCUUGGGAUCACGAGGCAGCAGACUCACUUCCUGAUUCGGGUGAAGAUGAGCAUCACCUCUUGCCAAUCGGUGAAAAAGAUGUGGAUCUGGGGGUUUUAAAAACUUCAGAGCCCCCUGAGAAGAUGGCAUCAUCUGAGCAGGAGUCCCCAUCUCUGUCUACUUUGGAGGCUGCGGCUACAGCCCUGCAACAGACUGCGGCUCCUCCAAAGCCCUCUGAGGUGCCGUUUGUACAGCAAGCGCCGGUUCAGGCUCAGUGGCCAACCAUUCCACCUGUGGACCUGGGAAUCACCAUCACUCCUGAACACAGUGUGGGGGCUGCGGCUACAGCCCUGCAGCAGACUGCAGCUCCUCCAAAGCCCUCUGAGGUGACACUUCCACCGACAGAGACUGUUCAGGCUCCUCAGGCAACCUUUCCACCUGUGGACCUGGAGCUCACCAUCACUCCAGAGUCUAUGGUGGAGACUGGUGCUACAGCCCUGCAACAGAAAACAGCUCCUGCAAAGCCCUCUGAGGUGACACUUCCACCAACAGAGACUGUUCAGGCUCCUCAGGCAACCUUUCCACCUGUGGACCUGGAGCUCACCAUCACUCCAGAGUCUACAGUGGAGACUGGUACUACAGCCCUGCAGCAGAAAACAGCUCCUGCAAAGCACCCUGAGGUGACACUUCAACAUCCAGAACUUGUUCAGGUUCAGCAGGCAGCUUUUUCUGAAGUCACAGCCACAGUUCUAUCGUUUAACCUGGAAGUUACCAUAACUCAGCCACCAGCGUCAUCAGAGACAGUUCCUCCAAUGACUGAACAGAGUGCCACCGUGAACAUAUGUGAGCUCUGCUCCUGCAGUAAUGGGACACUGUCAUGUAUUGGUUUUGGCUCCAAGCGGAGGCUCAACAGAGUGCCAGUACCAGAGCCCAGCACCUAUAAUGGCACCUUCACCAUCUUAAACUUGCAAGGAAACGCUAUUUCUUACAUUGGUAAAGAUACCUGGAAGUCAUACCAUUUGGUUGAGAAACUAAAUCUCAGUGCAAAUAAUUUGAGAGAAUUACGUAAAGAUUCAUUUGAAGGCCUGGUUUCCCUCCACUAUUUGGACUUGUCCUGCAAUAAAAUAGAAUUUAUUGAAAAGAAUGCAUUUGAUUCACUACCUCUUUUACAAUAUAUAAAUCUUGGUUGCAAUUUAAUCACAAAGGUGAACUUUGGAACAUUUCAGACCUGGCAUGGAAUGCAGCUGUUACACAAGUUAAUUCUACAUGAAAAUCCUCUGAUGACUGUUCAAGAUCCAUAUCUUUUUAAUUUGCCAGCAUUGAAAUAUUUAGACAUGGGAACAACACAAGUGACUUUGACAACACUUGAUAACAUUCUCAUGACAGCCCCUGAAUUAGAGAAACUCAUCUUACCUAACCAUUUGGCCUGCUGCCUCUGCCAAUUUAAAAAUAAUAUUGAGGCUGUUGCCAAGACAGUCAAACUGCAUUGUGAGACCGAAUGUGUGACCGACACACCUUGUGAUGAAGAACUCAUAAUAGAAGGACCACUAAUGAACACAAUUCAGGGCCGGCAGAACAGCACCACUGAGCUGACCAUUGAGCCAGAGAGGGCAUCCUCUAUCAAAAGUAGCGACACUUCCUCAUCCCUUAUGAGCCUUCUGAUGAGACUGCUCACUGAGCAGGAGGAAGUAAAGAUAUCCAACGCAGACUGGGAUGCGGAACAAUGGAAAAAUGAGUGGAUGCAUGCCCUCAGGAAGCAGGAAGAGAAGGUGACUAAUGAGGUCAGACAAGAAGUGCUAAGAUAUAAGAACGAAGUCAUCAUUGCAACACCUGUGAUUGCUGUAACAACGUUUUAUUUUAUAGUUUUCUGUCACAUUGUGAUUUUUCGGGGGAAGAUACAUAAAUGGGGAAGCUCAAGGUAAAUAUGGAUCUGGUGAUUUUUAAAGUAGAAUUUUAUAAGGAGAGGAACUUCCUCUUUCUGUAAGCGGCCAGAGGUGACCUCGGAAAAUGGCUCAUUAUUCACUUGAGUCAGAAAACCCCACAAAAUCAUGAAAGUCAAGAGAUUUAAACCUUUGUGUUCACUUUAAGGACACUCGUGAAACUACACAGGUCAUCAAGGGUACGCAUAUCUGAAAACCACCAAGCAUCGAAGGAUGUCAUUUUAUAGAAGCAAUGUGUGCCAUUCUGUCAUUACAGUGGUGGAGUUGGUAGGCGUGCUCAGGCCA